AUGCAUCAUGAAUUUCGGUUUCAUCCUUUACGUAAAAAUCUCAAAAUCAUCAACUUACGCUUCGCUGAUGAUUUAGUGAUUUUUUGCAAGGCUAAUAGAGGUUCAGUUCAGAUUAUUAAGCAGGUUUUUGAAGACUUUUGCUAUAGUACUGGAAUGAAGGCUAACUUAAGCAAGUCUCAAGUCUUCUUCAGUGGUAUCUCUGCUCAAGACAAACGCCAACUACAGCUUCUGUUAGAGUUAGAAGAGGGCUCCUUCCCCCUGAAAUACCUUGUUGUUCCUUUGAGACCCACUAAAUGGAAAGCGGCUGACUGCGGUGAAAUUCUUAAAAAGUUAAAGCUUAAACUUCACACUUGGUCAAGUAGACAUCUAUCCUAUGCAGGGAGAGUUCAGCUCAUCACUUCUCUUUUGGUGGUUUGGGGUUUGGAGAAGGCUAUUAGUCAUCAGCAGGAAGCAUUAUGGGUAAAGUGGGUUCAUGCAGUGUAUUUAAAGGGCCAAAACUUUUGGCAAUACCAACUUAAGGCUGAUGCAAGUUGGUAUUGGCGCAAAAUCUGUCAAUUACGUGAGAUGUUCUCUCAAGAGGAGAUUGAAAAGGCUGGUAGUAAUGGAAGGUUUAAAGUUAGACAAUUGUAUACUGGGCUGUUUCAGCUUACCCCUGUCAAUUACAAGCAAUUUGUUUGGAACAGAGUGAGUGUUCCUAAGCAUAGGUUCAUCACUUGGCUUGCUGUCAAUUCUAAGUUGCUAACUAGGGACCACUUACAAAGAGUGAUGCAGCUGGAUUCUUCUCUUUGCCCGGUCUGUGAUCAAGAGUUGGAGAGUCAUAGUCAUCUGCUCUUUGGGUGUUAUUUCUCUCAGCAGGUUGUUCAAAAGAUUCAUAGCUGGUUUGGCUGUUCUUGGCCUCUUAUUUACUCAGACUGGUGCAGAUGGAUUGGUGGUAUGAGUAAGGGGGUUAGAGCUUCAAAGGUGGCGGUUGUGUUCUCUGCUACAGUCUACUUUGUGUGGCAUAACAGAAAUAUUUGUGUUGUUCAUAAUUACUCUCUUAGUAUUAUGACUGUAGUUGAGUUGAUAAAAAAUGCCAUUAAGUGUAGACUGAGUGCAUUUUUCUCUGAUGAUGUUGUAAAGCUGUGA